ACUUGAAGAUUACGGUCUCAGAAGGACCAUACAACCGGGAAGCCUGUCAUCCAAAGUUCCAGCGGUUUCCCCACCGGCUCCCCCAGUCAGGUGGGUGCCAGCAUGCCUCAGCAGCUCCUGAUCACCCUGCCUGCUGAGGCCAACACCUGGGUGAAGCUGAGCCUUCCCAGGAAGACCAAGGAGCAGGUGUCCCUGUGGGAGGAUGUAACGAACGUGUUUGAAGGACGAGCUCUGCUGUCCCAUGGGGCUGAGGGGACCCAGCGAGAGAGUUUAGCUGAUGGAGCGACCUCUGGCAUCCUUGAAGCAGAGUCCCAGGAGUCGUUGACUUUCAAGGACAUAGCUGUGGACUUAUCCCAGGAGGAGUGGGGGCAGCUGACUCCUGCACACCAGGCGUUGUACCGGGAGGUGAUGCUGGAGAACUACAGAAACCUGGUGUCAGUAGCAGGGUAUCAGCGUUCCAAGCCUAGUGUGAUUUCCCAGCUGGAGAAAGGAGAAGGACCAUGGAUGGCAGAGAGCCAGAGCCCAGAGGAUCCCAUUUCAGAUGUGAAGAGUAAACCAGAAACCAAGGAGUCAACUGCAGAGAAUAUUUCCCUCAAGUUCUGUCAUGGCAUCGUGACAGAAAGGCUCAGAAAGGACAAUAUAGUCUGUUCUACAUUGAAAAGAGCCUCCAGCUAUGGUGACACAUUAGCAGGGCAGCAGGAAGCCUGUGGGAAAGGCGUAAGACAAGCCGCUUUGACCCACAAAAAGAGACUCCAAGAAGUGAACAAAUUUGGGGAAAACCUUGAGAGUUCCAAUGUUAUUUUAGAGCAGAACCAGCACAAAUACAAACCAGCCAGAAAGAGGAACAAAUAUAAAUUAGGUUCAGUUAACCAUCCCACGAGCUGCGUAAGGACCAGAAUGUAUGGAUGUGAUAUCUGUGAAAAGACGUUCAAACAACCUGUUCAUCUUACUGAGCACAUGAGGAUUCAUACUGGUGAGAAGCCUUUCAGGUGUAAGGAAUGUGGAAGGGCCUUUAGCCAGAGCGCGUCUCUAAGUACACACCAGAGAAUCCACACUGGUGAGAAGCCCUUCCAGUGUGAGGAAUGCGGCAAAGCCUUCAGGCACCGCUCAUCGCUUAGCCAGCAUCACAGAACUCACACCGGAGAGAAACCUUUCGUGUGCGACAAAUGUCAGAAAGCCUUCAGCCAGAACAUCAGCUUGAUCCAACACAUGAGGACUCACUCUGGAGAGAAACCCUUUAGCUGCAAUGAAUGUGGGAAAACUUUUCGACAGAUUAGGCACCUCAGUGAACACGUAAGAAUUCACACGGGGGAGAAGCCCUAUGCAUGCACCUCGUGCUGUAAGACGUUUAGCCAUAGGGCAUAUCUCACACACCACCAGCGAAUCCACACUGGGGAGAGACCCUACAAAUGUAAGGAGUGCGGGAAAGCGUUUAGGCAGAGGGUACACCUUAGCAACCAUAAAACUGUGCAUACGGGAGUGAAGGCAUAUGAAUGUAACCGUUGUGGGAAAGCCUACAGACAUGAUUCAUCCUUUAAGAAACACCAGAGACAUCACACUGGAGAAAAACCUUAUGAGUGCAAUGAAUGUGGAAAGUCCUUCAGCUAUAAUUCGUCACUGAGCCGACACCAUAAAAUACACAGAAGGAACGCUUUUCAAGAUCAUGUAUAAAAAAAGGAUCCAGGACACGAUUCUGAGCUUUAAAGUUUCAGGACUCAAGUUUAGCAACUUUUGAUUUUUGUUAGUACCGUAAAUAAACACUACAUUGAUUGCUCUGACACUUAUACAAAAUGCUAUGAAAAUUCACAUUUAUUUUUUGCUCAUUUCAUGGUAGAUUAAUAAAUCAUAUCGUUAUGGACUCAUUGAUCUACAGAUUAGUAUUUGGGAGCUACUGAUUGAAAUGUUACCACCUGGACUGGGGAGGUGUCUCCGCAGGUAAAGGCACUUGCCGCUAAGCAUUGUAAUUUACCUAAUUUUGAUCCUUGAACCUCGUGUGGUAGGAGAGGACUGCCCCCACAA